UCUCUAUGGGAUGGGUACAGUGGCUCAGAGGCACCACCAGAGCCGGAGGAGAACACUGUCUAUCAUCCCAGGCUAGACAUGCCAUCACAACGCUGACCCGCCUCUCGCAUCCGUGCCUUUUGAAGUAGAGAACGCCAGAGAGCGAACGAGCGAGAGACCGAGGCAAUAAGCCAAACAUCAAGAAAUAACAAUAAAACAUAAGCCUAUUAUCUUAGCCUGCAAGCAAACUGGGGGAAAACGACCCAUGACGGGCAAGUACAAAUAGGCAAAGUCACGUCGGUGGUGUUGGAGAGGCUGACUCCGUGCUCUCCCACUUCUCGCUCCACUGACUGUAUCUACGCUGGGUUCCUCGCUGCAGCGGGAUUUACCUUUCCGUUUAAGUUUCUGGUUUUGUUUGCUAACGGUUCCUUUGCCCUUUGGAAGACAGAAGGGAUUGUCCUUGUCAACCAGACCUGGAGUUCCCUUCCUUCCCAAGAUGUUGCCUAAUCGUCCUCGGAGGUGGCUGUCGCUGUAGCCGCUCUGUCGCCUUUUAAUAAGUUGGGUGUCGCUAUGGCGGCCGGAGUAGCAGCGUGGCUACCCUUCGCCCGGGCAGCUGCCAUAGGAUGGAUGCCCGUGGCCAACUGCCCCAUGCCUCUCGCCCCGGGCGACAAGAACAAGAAGCAAGACGAACUCGUCAUCCUCAACGUGAGUGGCAGGCGUUUCCAAACUUGGAAAAACACCCUGGAGAGAUUCCCGGAUACAUUACUGGGCAGCACCGAGAAAGAGUUCUUCUUCCACGAAGAAAGCAAGGAGUAUUUCUUUGACCGGGAUCCUGACAUCUUCAGAAAUGUGCUGAAUUUUUACAGGACGGGCAAGUUGCACUAUCCGCGGCACGAGUGCAUCUCUGCCUACGACGAAGAGUUGGCUUUCUUUGGCAUCAUUCCGGAGAUCAUCGGGGACUGCUGUUACGAAGAAUACAAAGACAGAAAGAGGGAGAAUGCGGAGAGGUUGAUGGAUGACAGUGACUCUGAAAACAAGGCAGAAGGUAACCUGCCAUCACGCACCUGCCGCCAGACUAUGUGGAGGGCCUUUGAAAACCCGCACACCAGCACCUUGGCCUUAGUCUUUUACUAUGUCACUGGCUUCUUCAUAGCAGUGUCGGUCAUCACCAAUGUGGUCGAGACGGUGCCCUGCGGAAUUGGCCCAAGCGACGUCAAAGACUUGCCCUGCGGAGAGAGGUAUGUGGUGGCUUUCUUCUGUUUGGACACCGCCUGUGUCAUGAUCUUCACUGUUGAGUACCUUCUACGACUUUUUGCAGCCCCGAGCCGCUACAGGUUCAUGAGAAGUGUGAUGAGCAUCAUCGAUGUAGUGGCCAUCAUGCCUUAUUACAUUGGCCUGGUUAUGACCAACAACGAGGACGUGAGUGGAGCCUUUGUGACUCUUCGUGUCUUUAGAGUCUUCCGGAUUUUCAAGUUUUCUCGCCAUUCCCAAGGACUGAGGAUCCUCGGUUACACCCUGAAGAGUUGUGCGUCUGAACUGGGAUUCCUCCUGUUUUCCCUUACCAUGGCCAUCAUAAUCUUUGCCACAGUGAUGUUCUAUGCUGAGAAGGGCUCGACACACAGCAAGUUUACAAGCAUUCCCGCGUCCUUUUGGUACACAAUCGUCACCAUGACAACUCUGGGCUAUGGUGAUAUGGUACCAAAGACAAUUGCCGGGAAGAUCUUCGGCUCCAUCUGCUCCUUGAGUGGCGUCCUGGUGAUUGCUCUGCCUGUCCCGGUCAUCGUUUCCAACUUCAGCAGAAUCUACCAUCAGAACCAGCGGGCAGACAAGCGGAGAGCACAAAAGAAAGCCAGGCUUGCGAGGAUAAAGAUAGCGAAGACUGGGAAUGCCAAUGCCUAUCUUCAGAUCAAACGUAACGGCUUGAUGAACGAGACAAUGGAGCUCACAGAGUCAGGCGACAAGGAACAGCAGCCAUGUCCCAACAGACCAGGAUCAGCUGUGGCCAGGCAACAUCACCAUCUGCUGCACUGCUUGGAGAGGACAACUGGAUUGUCCUACCUGUUGGAUGAUCCUCUCUUAUCAGUCCGGACAUCAGCUUCCACCAAGAACCAUGAGUUUCUCGAUGAGCCGGCUUUCGAACAGAACUGCCUCGAAGGUUCGAUGCAGAACUGCCCGUCCACUCACAGCCCCUCACUUUCCUCCGAGUCUGGGACAGCCAGCACCUGUUGCUCCCGCCGGAGUAACAAGAAGUCCACCCACCUGCCCAACUCCAGUGUGUCAGCCGCCAACCUGAGAAGCAUGCAGGAGCUCAGCACCAUUCACAUCCAGUGCGGGGAGCAGGUAUCCUUCAACACCAGUCGUUCCAGCCUGAAUGAUAAGUCGGAGGAGGGAAUGAGGAUCAACUGCAAGAGCUCCCAUAUCACCACGGCGAUAAUCAGCAUCCCGACAUCGCCUGGCAUUACAUCCGAGGGGGAAAAUCGGCCUCCCAUUCCCAACCAAUCCAGCACCAGCAUGAAUACUACCAGCUGCAAUAUCGUCAAAGUGUCUGCCUUGUAAAAAAGAAGCUGCCCUAGCUUUCGGUCACCUGACAUCCUCAAGAUCACAUGACACUGACAACCACAUGGCAAGGAUCCAAGGGGAAACAGUGGAUGAGUCUAUUCCCAAUAAUAAGGGCGAGGGUGAUCUGACAGCACCACGUUUUGCAUCUUGAAGAACCGGCACCGUUUCAAUCAAAUAUUUAUUUCUGUUUCUCUUUUUUUUGGUGAGGAGAAUAUCAGGGAACUCUCCCUGACUCAAGAGGAACCAAGGCUAUAGCGGCUCAAUGCGGGACAACAAGAGAAAUUACAGGAGCCAGUUCCGCAUUGCUUCAUUUUUAAGCACCUAUCUUAGGUGGCGUUUAAGACGGAUAAUAUUUAUUCACAAACUACGAAUAUGACAAGACAAGCCCAUUGUGAAAAGGGAGACAGGGAUCUUUUUUUUGUGUGUGGAAAAGUAACUUAACAAAAAAGAACUGUGUCUCACUAAAGAAACGAUUCAGGCUCCAGAUGUCGUUGUAGUCAACUACUUUUUGACACAUUUCUAGUGAGAGUUACACUUGGAAUAGAAGACCGCUCUUAACUGUUGAUGUCGAGGAGCUCACCGGCUAUGGUCUUUAGUAUCAAUAGGAGCUUUCAUUUCUGCUAUUAAAUCCCUGUGACAUUUCAGUGUGUGUUGCUCUCGAGAAGCAACAUUGUGUGAACAUUGUGUUUGUCGGUUAAGUAUAGUCUGUGUGCAUAGUUUGAGGAGAAUACAGUAUCCAGCAAAUUGAUGCAUUCCAUGCAUUCAUUCCUCCCCUUCUCGGUUUCAUUCAAUUCACCCUCUCACUUGCGUAGUGUGACUUUAUUAGUACUAGUUAGGGAAAAAACAUUUAUGUAUUUUGCAAAAAAAACUUGCGUGAAUUGAAGAUGUGGGAACUUGCUUUGUCCUGAGAAUGUGUUGCCCUCUUCUUUUUCCAGAACAGUGAAUUUUAGACUUGAAAUCGAUGAAGGCCUCAGUCAAUAUGGUAGUAUAUUUUGGCUCUGUAUAGUUCAACACCAGUAGGGACCACAUCCGGAGUUCCAUGUACAAUAAAGAGGUAGUUUUUUUUUGGAUUAACACUCUGGCUGUGAGCAGGAGGGCAUCAAUACAUCAGGGAGUCCCAAGACAUGGUGGGACAGAGAACCUAUUCCCUUAACCAAUGAGAUUUCAAGAGAAAAUAAUAGGCAGAGGAACAAAGCAGUGUGAACUAUAACCAAAUAAGGUUUAGAAAGAGAAAGCAAGUGAGGGAAAGAAGUGUUAAAUUGCAUAAGAAAAAUCUGAAAAGAAAAUUAAGAGAACAAAUUCAUGUAGCAUCUAUUUCUACAGUGAUUUUCCACCAGAAAAUGCUGAAAGUACACAUCAAACCAUAUCAGUGGAGAGGGAAGCAAGAGUGGAUGUUUUCUGUCAAAGACCUUUCAUCAGAUGAUUGCUUUGAAGUGAGAACCCUUCUGCUCUUCCCAAAGAUGUGACCUAAUGCAUUGAGUCCUUUCAGCACUUGUUUUGUUUUUAGGAGUAAUGCAUUGUUUUUACCCAGCUGAAUCAAUGGACAGAGUGAGUGAGUUCGUGAAUUUGCAAUAUUAACAAAGUCCAAGACCGAGAGAGCAAAGGCAUUAAGUGGCCCAUGCUAUCUGAGCCGGUUUACUCGCAGAAUAUCAAUGUGUCAACAAUGUCUACUGUCGUUAAGAACCAAAUUGGACAGAGAUUUAAGAGAUUAACAGAUACUCUGUGAGCCAAAACUCUCCAGAAUCCACCGACUAAUUUACUUUGCUCCACAGCUUGCUUUGUAGAACCAGUGUCUCACCUUUAGCCUCUCUGUUAUUUAGAGGAAUUUGCUGAAUUUACACACUAAUUGUCCAAUUAUCUAAAAGACCAAAUACCCUUUUAGUAAAAUGAUUCAUUCUCAUUGACAACCUCCAGCCCAGAAUAAUUUAACUGUGGAUUCACAUUCCCUCAGGUAGUGAAUUGUUUUCUAGAGAUAUUAAAAAUGUUGAAUUUAAAAUGUUUAAUUUGUUUUAUAACUUCUCCUUGCAUUUGGUUCUCUCUUUCUCACUCUCUCACAAUCCAGCCUAUCUUCCCCUCAAUUUAUUUCCCUCUCUAUUGCUAAUUUGACUAAUUCAUCCUACUUCAUUGUCCAUCUCUCUUCUAUUUAAACUCAUUGGUUAGGGGUGUUGGUCCCAUAGUUGAGGCGAUCUCAUGUUGCCCUCCUGUUAGCAUGGUAUUUGUGGAGCUGAAAGAAGUGUACUUAACAAUGUACACCAUAAAAUUGCUUGCUCCAGUAAUUCCAGCCUGUUAGUACCCACUGCAGUAGAGAGUUUGUGCAAACUUCUUCCAAGGGUUGCUUUAAAAAGAAACUUUGUUAAAUAAGAAAUCAUGAGCAAUUGUGUGUGGGACCCAAUGCAAUGUCUGCCGACACCACACUUACAGUCAAAGUAACAUUGGGAAAAUUUUCACCAUGCAUUACACUGCUGGAGGGAUCCUACUGCCCACAAGCCCACUGCAUAACACUCCCCACCUCUGACCAACUUGUCACCAUGCCAGUACUAUCAUUGUAAUUAAUUCAACCCACUCCCAACUCCAUUCCCUUUGUGCAGUCUUGCUUUCACCCAGUCAUGUGACAACUCUUCCCCAACUCAUCCCUUGUCUCAUCAACAUAUGGACUAGGUUCCACUUUUGGACUUGACUCCUGUUGUAACGACGGGCUCCCUCCUUGGACCUGAGCAGAAGGCAUUAGGUUCAAUUGCCAUUGUGUGCUGAAAUACUGACCACAGCUAUCUUGGGGUGUUUUCAUUGGUUUCGCCAUUCCUUGAGAUAAAAAAAGAGGAAAGGUUGAUUUCUGUUGGACUUCAGAUCAUCCCUUUUCAUGGUCCAACAUCCCCUUGGUAAUCACCAAUUUGUUCCAUUGGUUGAGGUACAAAGGACAGGCAGCUCUCUUGAAAUGGACCACUCUGUGACAUAAUUCUCCAAUCAGAUGGUUUUGCUGAGUCUCAGAGCUGGCAAGGUACUAGGUCCGUGGAAGGCAAGGGUUACCUCAACCUGCAGUGCAUUUAGCUUUAGACACCACAUUCACUGUUACAGAAGAAGCAAGGAGAGUCAGCCAGUCCCAGAAGGAACAAUGGUUGCAGAGAGGUGUCCAGCCGUAUUCCCUGAUUUUCCAUCUGUUAGAACAAGGAAUGAAAAGCCAGGCAAUUUUCCAGCCAGUGCUGAACAGGGGCAAAAAUCAAGAUGCUGGAGGAACUCAGCAGAUCA